AUGUCUUACCAGCAGGAACAGUGCAAGCAGCCCUGCCAGCUCCCUCCUCCGUGUCCACAGCCCAAGUGCCAGGGGCCAUGUCCAUCUCCACAGUGCCCACAGCCAUGCCCAUCUCCACAGUGCCCACAGCCAUGCCAACCUCUACAAUGCCAGCAGAAAUGUCCUCCGUUGCAGCCUUGCCAACCCUGCCAGCAGAUGUUUCCACCCAAGGGCAAGUAA